AUGGCGUCCGAUCGUCAACUCCUCGCUCAAGAUGCUACAAAGCCCAGUCCACUCCUCCCACCUAUCUUGACACUUAGCCACACCGCACCGCACUAUACCUUGAUUCCCGCCCUCUUCCCGUACUGCUGCUACCCGCUGUUUGCGCGCCGCCACCCGGCUGGAUCAUGGAUGGAGCCCGUCCCUGACAACACCACCACUGCCUUCGACGAAGACGCAGAUGGCGGGGAUAACCACCAACCACCCGCCACCAUUCGCCCAGAGCGCAAUUCCCUGGUUCCCCCUUACUGGCAGAAGCAGGACCACAGCGACAACCGCCUGAGCUACGUCUCCCUGGAAAACGGCUCGCGUCCUACCCCCAUCCGCCUCGAAGACCACACGGAUGAGGCGUCGGAGCAGCACAAAGCCCUCUGGGCGAAGCAUGUCUCCAUUGACGAUUACGUGAUUGUGGGGAACAGUCCUGCGCCUGCAUUCGGAGCUUACGUUGUCUGGACCGUGACUGUCCAAACCCUGGAUGGCGGCCCCAUGAAGAUUAUGAAAAGAUUCUCAGAGUUUGACGACCUGCGUGAAAGGCUGGUCAAGAGCUUUCCCCAUGCCGCCAGCUCCAUGCCUCCAUUGCCACCAAAAUCCGUCGUCUGUGAGUCUCCCCACUUCUGUCACCAUCCAUCCGUUGCCAGCCCCGCCCGGUCCGUGUCAGAUAUUGAUUGUUGUGCAGCUCGCUUCCGGCCGAGGUUCCUCGAAAGGCGGAGGGUUGGCCUUGCCUAUUUUCUAAAUUGCAUCCUGCUCAACCCGGAGUUUGCUGGAUCACCCGUCCUCAAGGAAUUUUUGUUCUCGUGAUGACUUUCCCAUUGCCGUUGAAUUGAUUCUCUGUACAUGUAACCUUGCGUUUGCAUACGCGCUGUCUUGCAUCGGCCGCCUGCCGCCGCUUCCUUCUUUGCUACAUAUACGAGCGAUACAUAUAAUGUAUUUACAUGCAUAUUCUGCCACAUACUCAUCUUUUCCUUCUCAUUUUCUUCUUUCUGGUUUUGAACUGCCCGUCUACGACAGAAUCAAGGAACCGAUGAAUUUAUCUGGCGGUAAUCGAUAAACGCGCAUGAGCUGGUUCCAUGGGUAUGCAGCGCCAUCAAAUGUGCCGAAUCAUGACGACUGCGCGUUGACACCACGUUGUGUUUGGCAAGCAACAGAAUCGCAUUCGGUCAUGUAUGUAUACAAAUGAGAAAGAUGAAUUUCUCCAGAGGCUCUCUACACGGACACAUACCUGGCUCGAGCAAGUGGU